UUCUAGAUAAAGAGAAAAGGGAGAAAUAAGUUGCGCUGAAGAGAUGUGAAAAAGAUCAUGAAUGAGAUACAAUCAGUUUCGGAAGCUGUAGGAUCGAUGAACAAUGAAAACUUGGUGAGUUGCCUGUGUGGAGCAAAUUGAAUGGCGGACAAUCUCAAUUUCUACACAGCGGAAAAGCAGCACUUCAAUGUAGUACCACCACCUCCAUUAGAAAUAGUUGAAAAAGAGAGACAACGUCGUUUUGAAGAAGGUUCUUCAGUUCAUCACUUUGAUGAUUUGCCUCAGGUAACAGAAGAUGCUGUGCGGGCGGCACUGCGAAAUGAGGCAAGACGUCACAAAUACUGGAAAGCUAGUGCUGUCACAAAAAUGACAAUCAACCGGAUUGACAAUAGUGCCUGCUUACACUACGCCAUGGAAAGCUUCACUGAAAUGCGAAGUACGAGCAAAGCAGUUGAAGGUGUUACGCUUGGACAGUUUUUGCAGCAACAACAAAGUACUUCUGGCACUGCGAAUAUAGGUUUGAAUCCAUGGGACUAUGCGAUGGGCCCACCUGAAGAUUUCGUCGAACAGGUGAAAGUGUUGGAAAUGCCAGGCACAAGCGAGCUGAUGGCUUGUCAUUCCUGUAAUGCAGAGGGCUUGACACACUGUUUUCAUUGUCGUGGCUAUGGUACUGACAAAUGCACCUGUUGUAGAGGAACGGGUAUGAAAGCAGGAGUUGCUCAUCCAGCUAUUUAUACCCAUCCGAUGGUUGCUGCGUUUCCUCAUUCGGACUUGAGUCGGGGUUAUCCAAGUUCAGGUACUGCCGUCGUACGGCCUCCAUCAGGAGGUUUGGCAUAUGGCGUAGGCACACCAGUCCAUUUUAUGACCCGAGCUGGAGUUCCGCCGCCCGGUAUAGGCCAGCACGACUUGUGUCACUUCUGUCAAGGUCGCGGCAUUCGAGAAUGUUCUCGUUGUAAAGGACAUGGGAAGAAACCGUGCUCAGCAUGCGGCGGAAGCGGCAGUAUACGAACUUACAUUAAGCUACGAGUGCAGUUUGCCGUUGAACACAGCGACUACUAUAGUCCCUGCGAUAUACCCGAGAAAAUGCUGUCAAAAGUUGGCGGGCAGGUGAUUAUGAGUGAAUGUCAACCCUAUAUCCUGCCUUUAAAAAAGUAUCCCAUACAGCAAAUUAACGAAAUAAGCCGGCAGAUGUGUGCAGCACAUUUGCAGAAGUGCAUCGGUAGAUGUCGCAUUAUAAAGUGUUGCAGCAGCUGCACGCCGGAGACACCGGCCUUCGAAAAUGUUCAGGAUGUCGCCAAGGAAAGAAUGCUUAAACAGUUUAUAGUUUGAUUUGUUGCUACUUUAGUGAUGGACAUAGCUCAUCAAGACGACGGCACAGAUAUUUCAUGUUUUUUUACUGUUUCACAUAUUUGCCGUUACGACGACAUGAUAUUGAUGAUACAUUUUGUAUAUAUAGAGUUAAACAUUAUAUGUGAUUAAUUUCUUACUGUAAAGUAAAAAUAACAGCAACGACAUCUCUUGGAAGCGAUCCCAGUGGCUAAAGUACACUAUCAGCUUGGUUCGCGAGAGGGAACAUUCUGGAUAUAUGGAGUUGAACAUUAUUGCUACGUACCACAUUACCCAUCAAAAUGUUCUCUGAUAUGAAUCCUUUGCAGUGUUUUGACGAUAUCGACGUCCGUGUUCUAAUUACCAUUAUUCGACAUGGCUUUUCUAAUAAAAUGAUAUACGC